UCACCUGACCCCUCCCUCCAGAUGCGUUGCGAUGCGCUUUAAAGGGACGGCCGGACGGGGCUCGCCCGGCUGGCUGCCUCUUCCUCCCUCCCUCCCACCACCUCCUCUCUAUCCAUCCAUCCAUCUGCUGCCGUCCCCCUCCCGCUGCGUGCGAGAGGCGCGCCACCACAACGGCGCCUGAGUUCGCCUUUCCCGUCCGCGGCACCUCCGCUCCUCCCACGGUUUCUGGAGGACAAUUCUUUGUUGUUUAGCGUUCCUCAAAAGUAAAAAGGGUAAAUGGGAUCAGAAGGACCUUCAGUUGUCACUGUCCAUGUUACUGGAUUUAAGAAGUUCCAUGGGGUUGCUGAGAACCCAACUGAGAAAAUUGUGACCAAUCUUAAUUCUUUCUUGGAAAAGCGAGGGUUGCCAAAAAAUCUUGUCCUUGGAAGCUGUACAGUUCUCGAAACAGCAGGACAGGGGGCACUUCCCACAUUAUAUAAGGUUUUAGAGUCUGCUAUUGCAGACAGAGGAACUGGGUCCUCGGCACAGGGACAAGUAAUUUGGAUCCACUUUGGAGUCAACAGUGGUGCAACAAGGUUUGCCCUUGAGAACCAAGCUGUUAAUGAGGCCACCUUCCGGUGUCCAGAUGAGUUAGGAUGGAAACCUCAGAGGGUCCCUAUCGUGCCCUCUGAUGGAAGCAUCUCACGGACGAGAGAGACUACCCUGCCAGUGAAUGAAUUGACCAAGUCGCUCCGGAAGAUAGGCUACGACGUGGUGCCCUCCGACGACGCUGGUCGGUUUGUAUGCAACUAUGUGUACUACCAUUCUCUUCGGUUCGCGGAGCAACACGGCAUCAAAUCUCUGUUCGUGCAUGUUCCCCUCUUCUUGACGAUCGACGAGGAGGUCCAGAUGCACUUUGCCGCUUCCCUCCUCGAAGUCCUCGCUUCCUCCUCCAACUAGCAACAGCAGUUCAAAGAUCAGCGUUUGGAUUCCUAUCUCAAGGAUGGAUGUAAAGCUGGAUGCAGGCUGAAUAAGGUGGUGUGGUCAUUGGCGAUAGAUGUUGAUCUUGUUCCAGAAGGUGUGUUCGGAAAAAAAAAAAGGAAAUUGGUGCAUAGAGUCAGACACUUGGUGUAUGUUCGUGUGGACGUGUGGCCAAUGCGGCUUGUAUGCCAUCAUCAGUCAAGCGAUGUAAACAUGCCUGAAAAAAAUUGGGGACCCGGAUUUCAAUAAGAUUUUAGUCGCUGGGGGCAGACGCACACAUUAAAUGAUUGA